GGGCGGGGAGGGGCAGCUCUUCUCAGUCUUUACCUCGUUCCGUGCGUGGAGCUGCCGAGGCCAGGCUGGGGUUUUGCUAGCCGCUGGGCGAGGGGAGCGCCUCUCCCUCGCUCCUGGGAUCUGUGCCUUGGGGGUUGGGUUUUUUUUUUUGUCCUUCCCCCCCCCCAGCCAGGACUGUCUCUCCCAGCAGUUGGGGGGGGAGCGGCUCUCUCCAUCGCUCCGGAUUGUAGGAGCCGAGCAAUUCUUGCGCGCGCCUAACUCCCCUCGACAAGCCGCCCCCAGCCAGCAUGGGAAGCCAGGGCUCCAAGGCAGCCAAAGGAGAGGCGGUGGCUGAGAAGUCGGCGGAGGCUGCCGCUGGGUCUCCCUCCAAAUCCAAUGGACAGGAGAAUGGCCACGUGAAGAUAAAUGGAGAUGUCUCGCCAAAGGCUGAUGGAGAGGUCCCACCGCUGAAUGGCAAUGGGUCUGCAGAGCCAGUCAAAGAGGAGGCCAAGGUGGAGGCUGGCAGCGGGGAUGCCAUCGAACCAGCUCCAGUUGCUGAAGGUGGGGAGGCUAAGCCUGAUGGGGCAGCAGCCUGCAAGGAGACCCCCAAGAAGAAGAAGAAGUUUUCUUUCAAGAAGCCCUUCAAGCUGAGUGGGCUCUCUUUCAGGAAGAACAAGAAAGAGGCCGGGGAUUCCACUGUGUCUUCCCCCACAGAUGACCAGGCCAAAGCAGAAACCAAAGCUGAGGAGAACCCUACCUGUUCCACCAAUGAAACUGAGCAGACCAAUGCCACGCAGGAAGGGAAAGCUGAGGAGACAGCUGCUGCAGUGGAGAGCAGUCCAGCUGCUCCUGCAGCUGAGGGGCAGGAGGAAGCCGAGCCUAAAAGGGAAGAGGCAGAAGCUGGGGAAGCUAAGGAGCAGCAGCUGGGGGAAAGCCAGGAGGCUACCUCUAAGCCAGAGGAAUCCUCAAAACCUGUGGAGCCUGAGACCAGCACAACACCUGCAGCAGCUGAGCAGAAGGAAGAGUAGAGCCCACCUGACAUGGUCAUAACUUAAGACAUUUUGUGCCAUUCUCUUCAUCCCAAUAACACCAUGGACUUGCUGCCUUGCCCACACCUGUAUGUUCAAAGUAGAACUGACACCACCCAAAUAAGACACCUGAAUUAUUUCUCUCCUUUUCCCCCCUUCAUGCAGCUCACUGCUAGGAAACUGGUCUGGAUUCCCACCAUCAACUUUGAACUAGUUUGCUGGAAUCCUUUAAAACUGGAGGCAGAUGAUCCUAGAUGUAACUGGAUUCUAGUCAAGCUCCAUCUAUUCCACCAAACUCUGGGUGCUCUGCUGACCUACUGCCUCUUCUCCACUAAUCUUCCAAGCAGCUUUCUGAAGUCCAAUAAGCCAGUGACUGUUCAGAUUCUUUCUUGAUUUUAAAUCCCUGGUUCUGACAUCAUUUAAAGUAUUUUGUGCUUUUUAUAGAAACCAACAGUUAAAGCUAAUCUGGUUAGUUUUUUAUAAUGUCUUACUAUUGGCUUAAAACCAUAAAGCUUGUAAGUCCGCUGUGUUUAAUUUUACUUCUAUGGGGUAACUUUUGUGGGGUGGAGGGAGGGAGAAUGCAAACUAUAUAAUGUGAAGUUUUUUCCUCUGUAAAUAAUUUUUAAUGGCCAAAACCCUUGACUUGCAAUUUUCUAACUUCUAAAAAACUGUCUGGGUUUCCUUGUAACACUUGAAAGGAAUAAAUUGACUCCUUUUGGGGUAUAUA